AUGGACGUGUGGAGAAGAGCAGAAUCCCACAGCUUUUUGUUCCUUCUUUCUUUCUUUUUCCCCUUGUCAUGGCGCUUGUCUGUGUGGUUAUUUGAUUUCCUGGUCAAGGUUGCACCUUUUUAUCCCAAGUUCAUAAUGAGACUAUUUUGGACAUUGAUAUUGAUAUUUCUCUACAAUGGGUAUUCUUCAGAGGGGGUUAAUUCAACUCUUUCUGCAAGGCCUAAAGUUGUGAAUGUUGGUUGUAUGCUAAGUUUCAAUACAGCCGUCGGAAAAGUUACCAAAGUUGCUGUGGAAGCUGCCGUGGAAGAUAUUAAUUCCAAUCCAUCUGUUCUUGGAGGAACUAAGUUGAAUGUGAUAUCAUUGGAUAGUAAUUCCAGUGGAUUUCUUGGAAUAGUUGAGGCUAUCCGCUUCAUGGAAACGGAUAUUAUGGCCAUUAUUGGCCCCCAAUCUUCUGUUAUAGCUCAUGUGGUAUCAAACAUCGCGAAUGAGCUUCAGGUCCCUCUAUUAUCUUUUGCAGCCACAGACCCUACUCUUUCUUCGCUUCAGUACCCGUUUUUUGUUAGAACUUCCCCAAGUGAUAUGUUUCAGAUGGCUGCAAUAGCUGAAAUAAUUGAGCACUACGAAUGGAGAGAAGUGAUUGCUAUAUAUAUUGAUGAUGAUUUUGGAAGAAAUGGUAUAGCUGCAUUAGCAGAUCAGCUGGCCAAGAGACGAUGUUCGAUCUCUUACAAAGCAGCUAUGAAACCUGAAGCAACAUUGGAUGAUGCUAGGGAUGUCUUGGUUCAGGUUGCUUUGAGAGAAUCUCGAAUAAUGGUUGUUCACACUUAUCCUUCAAAGGGUCUGGACAUAUUCUCUAUGGCACGGUAUUUAGGGAUGAUAGAUAAUGGAUAUGUUUGGAUUGCUACGCAUUGGCUCUCGACUAUCCUUGACAGUGACGGUCCCCUUUCUCCUGAUAAAAAAGAGAAUCUUGACGGGGCAAUCACUUUGCGUAUACACACUCCAGAUUCAGAAUUGAAAAAGAAGUUUGUCUCGCGGUGGAGCAAUUUGACAGGGAAGGCAGGAGUUACUGGGGGAAUGUCCACUUAUGCGCUCUAUGCCUAUGAUACUGUGUGGCUACUUGCUCGUGCCAUAAACGAAUUCUUUAACCAAGGGGGAAACAUUUCAUUUUCUAAGGAUCCAAGGCUAACUGAACAAAAUAGUGGAAGUUUGAAUCUUGAUUCUAUGAGCAUCUUUGAUGGAGGGAAGCUAUUGCUUGACGACAUAUAUAAGGUCAAUAUGACAGGUGUAACAGGACCAUAUGGUUUCACUUCUGACAGAAAUCUAUUCCGCCCUGCUUUUGAAGUCAUUAAUGUUGUUGGUACAGGUUUUAGGAAAGUUGGUUAUUGGUGUAAUUACUCUGGUUUAUCAAUUGU